AUGCAAGGUGGUAUUCCCAUUGGGUACCGGUUUUACCCUACUGAAGAAGAGCUGUUGAGUUUCUACUUGAAGAACAAGCUCGAUGGUAACAGAGAAGCCGAAAUCCAUCGAUUUAUACCAUUGGUUGACAUCUACUCUUAUGAUCCAUGGCAAUUGCCAGCGAUGGCGGGAGAGGCCAACAUUGGAGACGGGGAGCAGUGGUUCUUCUUUGUACAGAUGCAGAAGCGAGAAAAACAAGGAGGGAGGCCUAACCGGAUAGCGCCUUCUGGUUACUGGAAGGCGACCGGGACUCCCGGUUACGUGUAUUCGUCAAAUAACGGAGUGAUAGGUUUGAGAAAGAGCCUGGUGUUUUACACGGGGAGAGCACCAUAUGGAAGGAAGACGAAGUGGAAGAUGAACGAAUACAAGCUGAGGAUUGUGGAGACUAACGGUGAUGAUGUUGCCUCUUCUUCUUCUUCUCAUGGUGUUCUGCGUGAGAUGAGCCUGUGUCGUAUUUAUGUGAAAUCAGGAGUCCUAAGACAAUUUGAUCGAAGGCCCCCAGUUAUACCAGGUAUUCAAGAACCAGGUCCUGGUCCAAGUUCAAGUGCACGGACUGAAAACCCUAACCAACAACCCACUUAUGAAAUGAGUGAUGACAAUGUCUCCGAGGGGUUGAAUCUCGACAAUCGGGAUGAGGUGGCGACUUGGGAUCCAAUGGCUGAUGAUUUUGCAUAUUGGGAGAUGUUGGACAACGAAAUCGUCAAUUUGGAGUCAUGGAAUUCCAUAUAA